AUGCCGUCAACUAACUCUGGCAGCCCUCCUUUACAAUCACUGUCAUCCUCUCUUUCCUCCACCGCCUCAACGUCUGCCGCUAUGGCGUCUGCCAUGCCCACCAAUACUACACACAAUCCUAAAACACCAACAAACACCAACACCACCACCGCGGACACCAGCGGUGAGGACAUGGUCUAUACCUGUCCUAAUUGCGACCGCACCUUCACCUCACACAUCGAGCUGGUAGGUCACUUGCGAGUCCAUUGCAUAGAGACUCGUGAAUCAUUGACUGGACCACCAACUUACACUCGCCGCACGCGCCUCCGCUGUACACAUUUCACUCGCACAAUUAUGCACCGUAUGAACCUGUUAGGUCACACGCGAGUCCACGAAAACUUGCGGUAGGCAACCGCCGGCUACACCACAUCUUCCUCCACCAACACUUGAAUCACAUAACAUCAUCACUCACCGCUGGCAUUCAAAUACCAACUCCCACGCAAGUGGGAAGUUUGAGUCUCGGUUUCGUCUCCAUGAUAAUAAUAAUAGUAAUUUAACUUAUGCCAGUUUACAGGCAUUGUCAAGGGAAGCGAUUAAACACAAAUCCGACUAGCAGUGAAAAAAACUCCUGAGGUAAGGGAAUAAGAAUAUAGUUGAUGGUGGAUUUCAUGAUUUGGAGGGUUCAGGAGAAAAAACUGCUGGUGGUAUACUUUCGACCGUCAAGAAGGGAGGGGGGGGGCACGGUAUCGGAGAUUAUCGGACGUCAAAUUCCUUUCAUGAAGUUGGGGAUAGUCAAGGUAGAGGCGUCGAGGAACAGCUGGUGAGACCGACCAUAGUGUUCAGAGACCACAAACGCCAUCGCUACGGUAGAGUCGAUCAGUGGAUUCAGCACCCAAAAUUUGUGGGAGCUUGUCUGAAUGCAAAAAUCGAGUAAUAGUUCUCUUAAAUAAAGGAUAAUUUUGCAGAUUUUUCACACUCAUGGGUAGUUUAUUCCAAAUAGCAAUCGCAUUUACAUAAUAGAACCGAUGAUAUUUAACAGUACGUGCCAGAGGCAGAAAUAAAAAGACCUCACGGUGACUGUUACGUCGUGGGUGGAUAUGAUGUCUUAAAGAAGUGGGUGGGUUAAAUGUGUGAUUAUAUAAGAGUUUAAAUAGCAAAAAUAGUCCCUUUUGUAAUCUACGGAACCAUAAAGGAUCAAGGCCCGUAAACCGGCAACGUUCUUGGUAAGACAAAUGUCGUUGUUCCGGGGCUAAAAUUCUCUUGGUAAAAAAUUGUUGAACGGAUUCUAUUUUCUUCCGCUCAGUAGCACGCAUGAGGCUAAAUAAAAACGAACAGUAUUCCAGGCCAGGUCUAACGUACAAGUUGAAAAGGCGCAUUCUAAUGUCCCUAGUUUUUAAGUUUCGGAGGAUAAACCCGGUCGUUCUACGUGCUUUGGAGACUGUCAAGGCACAGUGCUCCGAGAGACUGAGACUCUUGGAGUAUGAUACGCCCAGAUCCUUAAUAAAGCCAGGCACAUUUAUGGCGUGACCUUCAAUACUUAGUUGAGGUUGGUGGUCGUCGCCAACCACCAUGACUGAGCACUUAUGCCAAGAAAGAGAAAGGCGCCAUGUGCGGCACCACUGGGGGAAAGCCUGUAGAUCGCUCUUUAGGAGCUCAAGCAUUAUGUCACGAUCUGCCGGCUUAUAUCGAUAUGCAACUUUAAGAUCAUCGGCAUACAUGAAAGGCUUACCAUUCUGAAAUAAAUCGGGUACAUCAUUAACGAAAAGGCAAAAUAAAAGCGGGCCAAGUACACUACCCUGAAUGACUGCACUCCUCACACGUGUGGGGUUGGAGAUGGUAUUGGAAAUCUUAACUCGUUGUGUACGAGUGUCCAGGUAAGAGGAUAUAAAAUUCAAAAGUUUGCCACCUAUUCCGAAAGACGACAGUUUCAGGAGAAGAAUGGCAUGGCCAACACGAUCAAAAACCUUAGUGAAAUCGAAAUAUAUUGUGUAAAAAUAAAAACCAUAGUCACUAGAUUAGAGAGCAUAGUCAAAGUAAGAGAGUUGACAGCUGUCAAAAGAUCGAGCUUUGAGGAAUUCGUGCUGAGCAGCACUCAGUAGAUUAUUUACUAUUAAGUGACACAUGAUCUUAUCUUUGAUCAAUGUCUCUAAGAUCAUCGACACUGCAGAGCAAGUGUUUAUUGGCCGAAAGUCAUCAAAUGAUGUAGAUUUGCCGUGCUUAGGAAUGGUCAAAAUGUGUGAUUCCUUCCAUAAGGUAGAAUAAGUUUCACUUGCAAGAGCGAGAUUAAAAAUCUUGCAUAUGAGGGAUGGGAAAAUCGUAUUUGCAUCUGCUUUUAAAAUGCUUACUGGGAGACCAUCAGGUCCUGGACUAUAAAAUUAACGAAAACGCCGAAUCGCAACAGUCAUAUCCCACAGAGUGAAAGUUAUAGUUUCUAGAACUGCCCCGGUCAAUGACUGGAUGGUCGGAAGCGGAGUGGUCGAGCCUUUAAUAAACGUUUUGGACAGGAAAUCAUUGAAGCUAUCCGCGGUUAACUGGGCAUCAACUAUGGGAUUUCCGAGAGCGUCUCGGAGGAUGGGAUGCUGCGUCUUUCUGUGAGUUCGUAUUUUUCUAGAGAAAAGUUUCGAGACAUUUAACGAAUGGUUUUCGGUAAACUGGACUACUUCGGCUAGCUGUUUCUCUUCAGACAAUCUCAUAGCUCAAUCAAAAAUAUCACAAAUCAAGGGCAGAACAGAAACAUCGUUCUGAAGAUGGAAACGAGGAUAAAGCCUGCACAAUCUGCGACGAAAGGGUAAGGGUAGGAAAACCUCAUCCCCAACAUUAAUAAUUUUCUUACGGGGGACAAAACGAGAAAUAAGCGGAUCCAAAAUUUCGUACAGAUUUGCAGUGCAAACAUUUACAUCCGAACUAAGGAAGAAAUCAGUCCAGUCGUAGGAAUUAAGGUGUGUUAAUAAUUCGGUUGAGCGAGUUGAUCGGAAAUCGCGGAAAAAGUUAUAUUUUGGGGACAACGUUUUGUCAGCCUCGAAUUCCGACGUUGAAACAACUAUGUCAUGGUCUGAGCCCCCGAGUGGGCCUAGGGAUGACACUGACGAUGGCAUGCAGCCUCUACAGAAAAUAAGGUCAAGUAUGCUUGAGCCUCGGGUGGGAAAAUCGACAACCUGAGUCCACAUCCCAACAUCCACAGCCUCAAGAAAGUCUUCGAACCUUCUUGGGCCUGAAGGCGGAGACCAGCGGACUUCAGGGAGAUUAAAGUUGCCCGCAACCAAUUAAUACUUAAAGCUUGAGUCGGCCGCAGCAUGAAAUGCCUGUGAGAGUAAACGAUCGAAAUUGUCGUUGGCGUUGGGAGGACGAUAGACGCAGCGAACGAGUAAGGAGAACUUAUUUUUUAGUGCAACCUGGAGCCAGCAGCUGCCUUCUACUGCGGAAAAAUGCGGGAGGUCCAACGGCAAAAAUGUUAGUGUUUGCUUCACGUAGACGCAGCUGCCCCCACCACGGCUAUCUUGACGAUCAUUGCGAAUGCAGUUAUAGCCUAGAACCGAGAGUUCGAAAUCAGCUACUGAGGCUGAUGCCCACGUCUCAGUUACUAAAACAAUAUCAGGACAAUGGACGAACACCAGAGUCUGAAGCAAAGGCAUCUUAUUAAGCAAGGAUCUGGCAUUUAAAACAAAAAGUUUGAAGGGAAAGGCUGUUUGUUUCUGAGGGAGGUGGGCUACAUCGUCAAGUUCUGGGCUGCCCACGGAGCAAACGGCCUGGAUGCAACCAUCCGGUUCUGCAAAAAAUUUUGUGGCAUUGAAAAAUUCUGACGUGGAUUAAAAGGGGUAGGACUUGGGGGAGGGAAUGACGGGCAGGUGAACUGGUAACCAUUGUUAGCUAACUUAUUUUCAGCUGAAAAUCCGCGGGGCAGAUACCGCAACACAUUCCCGCCGGAACGAAACUGAGGAUCGAAUGAGUUAACUGAUUCAGUAUAGACAUUAUCAUGAGGAAUAAAUUGGUAAAACGGUCGUGGAGGAAACGUGUUAGGGGGUGGGGGACGCAUUGUUUCCAUUGGAGCAAUAGUUUUAUUAAACGGCUGAAUAAUCGGCAUAUUCGGCCUAAAUGCCUCGAUAUGAGGGCUGGGGGACAGUUGCGAACACGUUACGUUUUGAGUCGGGGUAUUUGAUGCACUGUUUAGCCGAUUGUCGAGGAAAAGAUUUUAUAAUGAUGCUGGAUUUAUCGGGUGUCCGAGUGGCUGAGACAGCAAUUGGAUUUGCCUUUGACUUAGACACAUGCUUAGGCUUACUAGGGGUUGCUGGGGAAGUCGAUAGAGGCGUGUUUAUACCAGGCGUAUUGUUGUGUUUAAAGAGCUCAGCAUUAAAAGUGGUCGAAUUCCCUACGGAAUUGACUAUGCCGUGAUGUGCAGAUGUUGCAGAUGGUGUUGUAGACGACUUAUUCAGACUGACAGUAGAUGUCAUUAUCUUGGUGUUGGUUUUUGCCGAUUUUAAUUUAUUCAGUCUUCUCUGCAGGGGUGUGAGGUCUGGCGAAACGGAACAGCGCCAUUUACGGCAGAAUUCUCUAGUUAUCUCCCUACUCAACAAGAUAAAAUCGAAUUCUAUCAUGGAGAAUAGGGUAACUAGUAUCGGUGCAUUACGGCUAAGCGAGCGAAGUCCCUUAGCUUGUGCGACACUGAAAAUCAAGCCACAACUUUGUAGGAACAAAUGCGCUCCCUCUGUAGCAGAUAAGUGGCUUGGAAUGUUUCGCAGUAUGAAAUUAUGCUUGCGUUUGAUUCUUUCCUCAGUUUCCGAAAUUAUUACCCCAAUAAGUUUAAAAGCUUGUUCAAUUACUUUUUCAGAAGUGCUGUUUCUGUCGCCAUAAAUCAACUGAUCGACUAUUUCGCCGGCUGAUGGCCUGCUACGACUAGCAGAGGCGUAUUUUUAGACGACUGAAGCGUCAAGAGGUUCUACAUGUAAUAAAGGGAUUUGUGAGUAAAUCAGAUCUGCAGACGGCAAAGAACAUACGCUGACACCUGGAAUGUCUUCAGUCACGAUUUUAGCACCCAGAGACGGUGGGGAGGCCGCAAGCUUUCGCCAUUUAGCACGUGCUCUGCGGGGCACUACAGACAAGAUUAAUUUUUCGUUACAGAAGAAGGGUCAAAACGUUGCCAACGUACGGAAAGGCUCACUGGAUAGCAAGUAUUAUUGUUAUUUAACUACGAAAACUAGAAAGAGAUAGUAGGAAAAGGAGUCACUACAAAGGUUUUUUUUACAAAAUACUAUUUUGCCAGACUGUUAAACAAAACUGGGAAAAAAUUUACCUUAUAUUGAAGGGCGACUUUUAAGAGGGACUCAAAUAAAAAACAGGCAUUAAUUGCUUAAGAAUACGCAGAUAAAUGCAAAGCUUCACUUAUCUUUGAAAUUAAGCUGCGUGCCUUGACCUUGAUGUCUUCCCCUGAUGCUUCCCAGCUGCAUGUGUGACUUGAGCCUGAGACUAGCACGGCGCGUCAGGCGAUGGGCGUGAAAGGCUGCUGAUUGACGCCCCAAAUCAAACCACGCAGUCCGUCCAGUUGUGUGUUUGUGUGGAGUGGCGGACUGGGAUGCUGAGAGCCAGUCUGAAGCAGCUCCUUCUAACGUGGCCAACGGCACCCUUUCUCUCUCCUUUGGCACCGGGUUCGCAUGGCGAAUGGGAGAAGAGGGGGCGGUAGAUGCUGCGCAAGUCCAAUACCAAUUUAAACUAAUUCACGCGCAAGUCACUGUAUUUGCUGCGUCUUGGUGUGGAGCAUCGUCGAACUCGAAGGUCGAACUCUCGUAUGCAUUUGAAGGGUUAGAGGCCGAGCCCUUGAUGACCCCAUUUAUGUACUAUGCUUUCACAGAUUCGCCCUCAAAAUAAAGUUACUGACAUUUACAAUGUGGUCGGUUCGCAUUACAGUCCUCGAAAAUCAAGCGAAGAAGUCUUCUUUUGAACAUGCGAAUUGUGGCGGCCGUCACGAUCUCAUUUGGUAGCGAGUUCCAUGGUCAAACAAAAACUUCCCACUAUCUAGCCGCGUGUGCUCACUCUUGACCUUGUAAGGAUGAUCGCGUGAUUGGUUGGUACGGGCAAACUCAAAAACGUUCUCCGUUCUUAGUGAGCAACCUUGGUCACGGACAAUCCGGAAUGUUCAGAAUAGGCUGAAGUUUAGCUGCCAAUAAGAGAGAGGGAACAAGCCAAGCACAUUCAGCCUCUCCUGGUAAGACAAAUGCUUUAGACCAUCGACCAUCUUCGUUGCUUUGCGUUACACCUGUUUCAGUUAAUCAAUACCCUUCCUCAUCCAUUCUGAAGCCGCCGGUAUUCUGUACUCCAGAUGGGGUCUUAUAAAGACGCCAGAAAUUCUUUCGAAGAGUUUGGGAGGAAAAGUUUUAAAUGCACGUGUGAUCCAGUGCAAAGUACUAGUUGUCCUCUGGACCAUCUCCCUACAGUGUUCUGACGACAUUGGAUUUGUGGUCGUCCAUGCACCCAGAUCUCUGUGUCCUUCUACAGUUUAUAACGCCGUCCCGCUUAUAUAGUACUGAUGUUUAGGAGAGGCAUUUCGGCCGGUGCUUAUGUACAAGACCAUGCACUUGAAAAAGCCAAACUUCAAAAGCCAUCUUUUCGAUCAGAAACUCAGUUUCUUGAUGUUCGGCUGCAACUUCUUUGCGUCAUUAUCGCACUUGACUUCGCUCCAUGUUUUUAUGUCGUCCGCGAACAUGAGGGCCUCGAAAUCCAGUUCGCUGAUGCAGUCGUUAACAUAAAUCAAGAAGAUUGAUGGGACCCCGACGGGUCUUUAAUAGAAAUUAUCUAUCUAUCUAUCUAUCUAUCUAAGACAGGACCCCGUGGGACAUCACUUUUCCCCUUUGCCCAUUCCGAGCUAGAGAUACCAAUAACGACUCUUUGUAUUCUGGAGAACAGAAAACUUCCUAUCCAUUUAAAGAGUCUUCCUUGAAUUCCUACACCUCAGAUCUUCCGUAAAAGAAGCCUGUGUAAUACACUAUCAAAGACCUUCUUAUAGUCAAAAUAUAUGGCAUUCACUGGAUAACCCUUAUCUGUAGUCCUUGUCUAUUUCUCGUGUGAGUAUAGAGCACCCGUUAGGCAGGAGCGUCCUUGACGAAAUUUAUGUUGGGCAUCACACAACAGGUGUUGCAUCAAAUGUCUUUUGAUUAUGAGUUUCAUUAUUUUACACGCAAUGCAAGUAAGACGGACGGGGCGAUAAUUUCAGCGGUCAAGUCUUGAACCUCCUUCAUGGAUCGAAAAGACGAGUGUGCAUUUCCAUUCUUCCGGAAGUUUGCCUUCUUCGAAUGACUUUUGAAAUAUUUCAAACCGUGGUUCGGGCAGUUUAUUAGCAUGUUCACGAAGUGCUAGUGCGGGAAUCCUAUUUGGAUCAGGUGAUUUGGCAGGUUUCAGUAGGAGAAGCUCGGCCUUAACUAUGGUCGAUGAAGAGAGUGGCUCCUAGAUUAAGGAGGGUAGGGCGAGUAAUAGGGGGAAGGAGGGUAGGAGGAGACGUUGGUUGGUGAAAGGAUGGAUGGGCAAAUUUAUAACUUGGCUCUCGUGUGAAGAUGGACUGGAAGAAAUUAGAAAGAAUGGAUGCUUUAACCUGGUCCCACUAUGAUUAAUGAAAAGAGUUGUUCCUCGGCUAAGGAAGGUAGGGAGAGGGUAGGAAGAGGAGAGGUAGAGGGAGGAGGAAGGGGAUUAGGAGGAGAGGUUGAUUGGCGAACGGACGGAUGCGAAAAAACAGGAUUACGUUCUCGGAUGAAGGCGGACUGAGAGAAAUUAGAAAGGAGGGACGCUUUAACCUGGUCAACAGUUUCCACUUUCCCAUCUGCCGACCAAGGAGAAGAGCUCAGCUCCUGAGCUCUUUUAAUACUCCGUAUAUAGCCAUAUAGAAUUUUCGGUUGCUUCAACGAAUUUUGAAGUAUGUUCAAUUUGACCUUCCUUCACUGGUUGAGGCCUUACUUUUACAAACUUUGCGUUGCCGCAUAUAUUCCUGCCAGCGUUCUUCGGAGUCAGUUAAUAUGUAAUGCCUCCACAGACGAUUCUUUUUUCUGAAAGAGGCCUUUAAGCUCAAGUUUCCCCACUUUGGACGGUUUGUAAUUGUCCAUCUUCUUAGAGGACGACUGGAAUGAACAACCUCUUUUAGUAAGGAACUGAAAAUAUUCUAAUUGUCCUCUGCUCCACCAAGCAGUUCAGGCUCCCAUAAUACCGCAGCCGCUUCUUUACUCGUGAGAGAACGCUCGCCUUCCAAAUGCUUCUUUCCCACCUGCCGGGUUUUGCGGGUUUGGAAACAGUGAGUGCUCGAAGUAGAGCGUGAUGUGGUCGCUUGACCCUAAUGGCGGUCGGUCCUGCAGGUCUAACAUGUUUCCCUCCUCUUGGACAAAAAUAAGAUCAGGGCAGUUCGAAAGCUGCCCUUCCAUGGCGCGCGUUGCAAUGGUAACAUUCUGGCAGAGAAGUUUGUCCGUUGGCCAUUGUAGUAGUUUGCGAUAAAAGGUGUUUUGUAGCCCUUGCGCAGUCCACGUUUGCCAAUCAAUGUGAGAGGCACUGAAAUCACCAACGACAAGGACAUUCUUCUUCUCACUAACUUUGCACAGUUCAGUUAUUAGCAUGGUUUCUUGGUCAGAAUUAUGGUGAGGUGAACGGUACACCACCGAAAGCGUCAUUGGUCGGACAUACUUAGCAGAUAUGGUAAUGCUUAAUAGCUCCACAUCUCUUACCAGACAAUGUGUAGCAGCCACAGCGGCCAGCUUGCAGGUGACAUAGGCUUAACCGAGAAGGAGUCAUAGUUUGUCUCUUCUGAAUUGCUGAUAUGCCCUAAGUAAUAUUUCUGAAUUUGCGAUAUCUUCAGUAGGCAACGUUUCGGUGAAAGCCACAAUGUUCGGCUUAAUUUCAUCAACUAAAUCUCUUAGUUCGUCGAAUUUGUUGAAGAGACUUUGUACAACCUCAGCAUGACGUGGGUGCUGAGGAUUCCAUUCCGUUCCUGAACUCCUGUGUUCGAGAUCCUGUCCUACCGCCUCAGCUUUAGUAUCCAACUGAGACAAAUGUGUGGAAGUAAUUCAGUUUUCCUGAGUAUUUUUUUUGAAAUUGAGGAUCCCCUUGCUACAAAGACAAAACAGAAGGUUAGUUGUAAACAGAACCUGUUCUGAGUACGAAGGACAGCACAAGUUGGGGGGCUUGUAGAAACAGCUGGGUAUAUGGCAGAGGGAAUAUCAUAGGCUGAAGGGUGGCCAAUUAGCACAAAGAAGGUGUAAACAUGGGUACAUGAUCUUGACCGUUCGCUUGUCAUGCGCAUGUGACAUAGUGUCCUGACAACCCGAGCAGCGUACGCUGCACCCCUGAAACCUCUGUCACUUAAUUUUUAGGAGUUUUUCACUGCUUCCAUCAUAGAGCGCUGUUUUUCUAACGGCUUUUUGUCUGGUAUAUGUGCAUAUUAUUAUCAGAAAUAUCGUGGGUGAUGGAAAAUCGUCGGCGGACGUGAAGGACGCUGUCUACUUGACGUGGCACAUUUGCUAAGUUUUGAUGUUUAUCCGGCCACUCACAUUGCCUUAUUUUCCCAACUGAGUCAAUGUCAACCUUGUUUGGAUUGUGUCCUCUGGGCUCCUAAAUAUAAAACCAUUACUAGUAUUGUGUCUCCGCGCCAUACAGCAGCGUCGUCAAAGUAACAACCUUGUACUUCCCUAGUUUAGUGUAAGGGUGGAGACCCUGGCUAUAGCAUACGGACCGGAGGUUUGACUGGUUUUGGAGAUCCGGUGAAUCACUUCGUCGAUUUUUGUGCAAAGUGACUGCGCAGCCUAAGUAGGCAAAGUCGUCUACGGUCUUUAGUUCGGUGUUGUUUGCGUAGACACGAGUAGAAUUACAUUCAGCAUUGUGAGGCGGUCGACACAUGACCACCGUUUUGCCCGUGUUGAUGGUCAGAGCAGCCGGAGGCAAGGAGUGUCAUGCCCCGUCGCAUGUCAACUUCUAUCUCGGAUUUGAAUGCACAGUCGCCGGCGAAGAGGAGGUCGUGGACAAUGGCCAUGGAGGGACGCGUCUGGACUUGUAAGGGCCGGCUAUUAAGAAGAUGGCGGGCAUUCCUGUAGACGAUGCAAAUCCUGGGGCGCUUAUCACGGUAUGCACCCAUCAACAUGAUGAAGAACAUGAGACUAAAGAGGGUUGGGGAGAGUACGCAACUCUGCUUCAUUCACUUGGCUACUGAAAAUGCUUCGUAGACGGCCCUGUUGCCCGUGACGCUCGCCAUCAUUCCGUCGUGGAUCUGAUGCAUCACAUGUCUGAAUCGAUCAUGACAACCGAAUUUCUGCAUGAUUUUGCCCAAACCUUUGUGAUUCGCCAUAUCGAAGGCUUUCAUCAAGUCCACGGUAUUAGUGUUGAGCUGUGUCUUCAUUUCCUGGCACUUUUCUUGCAGCUGGUGGACAACAAUGAUCAUGCCAGGGGUUUUACGGUGGCGUCGGGAUCCACACUGACUUUCUGGCAGAAUUUCCUGCUCAAGAUCGCCGCUGAGACGACUGAGGAAGAUGCGCGUGAAGAUCUUCCCGGAGAUGUUUAG